AUGACAACAUGCACUCUAGAGCCACAAGCCGCGUGUCUCCCAGUCACCGCUCUCAAGUCAGUCCUGGUUGAUGGAGAAUUGCUGCUUCUUGCAGGGCAGGGACCCUUUCUUCAUAUAUACGACGGAGACGGCGUCAUCAUUGCAUCUACCCGGGUCUUCGAGAUUCAACCAGUCUGUGGGAUUCAGAUCGACUCCCACAAUGCAGGCGAGGUCUCGAGUCAGAGCCAUCGGGUCGUGCUUUGGGGAGGGGCGUUGUGCCGAACCGCUUUAUUGACGUUGAACAAAGUCGAAGCUGCUCCGUCACCUGCGGUGCCUGAACUCUGUUUCUCGGGACUAUUGAAUUGCGGCGAUUGGAUUCUGGAUGCUGCUUUUCACCAGUCCAGUAUUCUCCUGCUCAAUGCACACAAUCAGCUUCUAGAGGUGCCCAUUCUUGAAAAUACAGGAAAGGGAGCCCUGGAGUGCGGGAGACCGGCCGCAGUGACUGGCCCAAGGUCAUUCCUGUACUCCGGCUCUCUUGCCGUCAGCAAACCCGGGCUGGUUAUUGUGGCUUCUGGAACUGUCUUUGGAGAGAUUCUAGUUUGGACUUGCUCAAGGGAAGAAAACCACAGACAGUGGUCCUCAUCACUGAGACACGUCUUCAAUGGCCAUAGGGGCUCCGUUUUUGGUGUGUCCAUCUCUGACGUCUUCGAGCUGGGGCCCACUCACACCCGCUUGUUGGCGAGCUGUUCCGACGACCGCACGGUAAGACUCUGGGAUAUCAGUGACUGUGACCGUACGCAACCCGACUCCAGUAGUGGCAUGGAAUCAGCUGAAACAGGCUUUGGACGUGCCAGCCAAGUGGGUGAGACUCAGAUUGCAUCCGCAUGGGGCCAUCUCUCCCGCAUCUGGGGUGUUGGAUUCGUACAAGAGCAGGCGUCCAACAACAGCAAUAGCGUCUGCCUUCUGUCCAGAGGUGAAGAUGGUGCCUGUCAGUUGUGGACCAUCGAGCUGCAGAUUAGGAGUCGGCUGGAGACCCCUUUAACGGCGCUCCUCAGACCAGAGUCAAGUGAUCGACAUCACUCUGGGAAGAAUGCAUGGUCCAUGACACAGAUCAAUGACGGUCAAGGUUUGCUCGUCCACACUGGCGGUGCUGAUGGACAGAUAAUCUCUAGAAGAGUCGACGUCUCUCGUGGGAGUCUUGCUUCAUUUGUCACCCAUUCAAUACCCUUCAAGGACAUUACUGGUUCCUCGAUGUCACUGAAACACUACUUGUUGUUGAACUCGCGUGAAUGCCUGGCAGCCACAGAUCCAGGCGAACUGUUCCGACUGACUUACGACCGUGACAAAUUGAACUGGAGCAAAUUGAUGCCGAAGUCUGGGAACGGCGGCCUUGUGCUUUGCCCGACUGGCAGCCUGCAGCUCGUUCUCGUUGCAUAUCAGAGAGGGGGGCUUUCGGCGCUGCGCACCAAUCACGACUCUUUGGUACCCGUCAAAUGCGACCUCGAAUAUGCAAUCUCUUGGAUGCGGUUCGCGUCUCCACGCUCGACAAAAUUGCCGGAGUCGACAACUUGUAUUGUUGCCGUAUUGGCGAAUAAGAAAGCUGUCAUCCUCUGGGUGAGCAUGAAUGACGCUUCAAUUCAGGUGAGGCACACACCUUUGGAAACACCAGAAACUUUCAUUAUCACAUCCUGUUGUUACGACAGUUCAAGCGAGGUGUUGGUUCUGGGUUCCCGCGCCGGUGCACUUGCAAUUUACUCCCAUGUGAGGCCUCACGCAGGAAUAUCCGAGGAACCGUUCUGCCUCCGCCAUGCCCAUGGCACAGAUAGCGUUACCUCGAUCACUAUUCUGCGGAAAGACGCGGCGCCUUCCACAGAGACGAUUCAUAUCUUGACGACAGGACGCGACGGCAUCUAUGCAAUUCAUCGUGUCAAUUGGUCCUCAUCCACAGACAGGCGAGGGCCUAUUAUUGCGGCCGUUCACCGGUCCGCACUUCCGUUCGGCCCCAACAUUGAGGAUGCUUUUUUUACGUCAGACGCAGGAUCAUCACCUGUAACAGAGCCGGAUCUGGUUCUGUGCGGCUUUCGUUCGACGUCCUUCGUCGUCUGGAAUGAAACCCAGCAGUCCGAACUAUUAUCUGUCGAAUGUGGCGGUGCUCAUCGGAGCUGGGCGUUUCGAGACUCUUCUUCGGUUGGUGACGGCGUCGAAAAAUCCUUCAUCUGGAGUAAAGCUGGCAGAUUGAACUGGCACUCGGCUCCAGGUUCCGGUCAAAGAGUGAUUCAAGAAGGAGGGCAGGGGCGAGAGAUCAAAGCCGUGGCACGCAGUCCGUUGCCCUACAAUCGCGUGAAAAACGAACACCAUGCUCGUGUUCUUAUAGCCACAGGAGCUGAAGAUACCAACAUCCAACUCUAUGCUAUACCCUGUACCCCGAAAACUGUUUACCGACCUCAACCAACUGACUUCCCGACAUUUCGAGCGGUGGCAACUCUGAAGCGGCACACCACAGGCAUCCAACAUCUACAAUUUUCUCCAUCUGGUGAACACCUCUUCAGCAGUGCCGGAUGCGAAGAAUUCUAUGUAUGGAAACUCAGCUUUGACGUGCCUGGCAUCGAAGCAGGAGUUGUGCUGUGGGACAUAAUGCCGACUGAAGAAGAGGAUUCAGAUGCGCGGAUCAUGAGCUUCGAUCUGCGGUGUGGCGACCAUGGGGACAAGAAUUCAAGCGAAGAAUACACGAUCGUCAUGGCAUACUCGAACGGGAAAGCAAAAGUGGUGCGAUACACACCUGCACCCAGCAGGAAUCAAGCGAUGUUUGAGACGCUCCGAGAAAUCAGCUACGGCUCCUUCUGCGUGAUGCAGGCUUUCUUCCUCUUGCCAAGCUUCGUCUCAGCUUCAGGUUUUCGGCCCGACGAGCAUCAGGUCGGAGCGCUGUCAGCGGGCACGAAUGGGUUUUUGAACCUCGUACUUUUGGAUACUCGCUCUGUACCUAAGAAGUCGGCCGCUUCACCGGCUGCAGAGCUGCCGUCGCAGAUGGAGGUCCACAGGGUGCAUCAGAGCAGCGUCCUUGCCAUGGACAUGGUCUCCCUUAGCCCAACGACCUACCUCGUCGCGACCGGUGGCGAUGACAAUGCGCUAGGUCUGACACUGAUUACUUCUGCGGCUGCAUCCACGAUGGCUUCCAAAGGAGAGACCAACACCGAACGGCAAUCAUUUCACCGCUUUCGAACGAUCGUGCUACCUGCCGCUCAUGCCGCCGCCCUCACGGCCUUGAAGACCACGAAACCCAGGCGCACACCAACGGGCUACUCGGUCGUUGUGGUCACCGCGGGAAAUGACCAGCGCGUCAAUGUGUGGAAUGUCCAUAUCGACUCGGAGAGAGACGGUGGUAACCCUGUGGUUCCGCAAGUUGAGGAUGAUGGGCUUUUGGAAGCGGUCCAGGUCGAACUUGUUGGGACUGGAUGGACGGCAGUCGCUGACGCCAGUGAUUUGGAGGUCAUCGAAGGCGUUCAUGACACCGUUGCAAACGGAGAUGAGGAUGGUGGGAAGGGAGAGUACGCAUGGAGGAUAUUGGUGGUGGGCGUAGGGAUGGAGCUGUUGAAGGUAACAUCUAUAGAAGCGCACGGGCGGAGCUAG